AUGGCGAACACGCCAGGCCGUCUGGCGAAAUACAACGUCGCCAACCGGCUCUACAAGUCCUCCCUCCUCAACACCGUAUGUCUCGUCGCCGGCAUUUCCAUCUUUUUCUUCGGCUACGACCAGGGCCUGAUGGGCGGCGUCAACACCGCGCGCGACUACGCCGAGCUCAUGGGCUUCGGCCACUGGGACGAACAGGAGAAGAUCGUCGUCGUCGACAAGCCGCUGCUGCAGGGAGGCAUUGUCGCGGUGUACUACCUCCCCGGGACGCUGGUGGGAUGUCUGAUUGGAGGCUGGUUCGGUGAUCGGUACGGGCGGCUCAAGACCAUCGGCGUCGCGUGCAUCUGGUCGAUACUCACCGCUGCGCUGCAGUCCGGCGCGCAGAAUGCGAAUAUGAUGUUUUGCGCGCGAGUCUUGAACGGCAUCGGAACCGGCAUGCUGAACGCCAUCACCCCCGUCUGGGCCACCGAAAUCGCCUCCCACACCUCGCGCGGCAAGUUCGUCGCGAUGGAAUUCACCCUCAACAUCUUCGGCGUGGUCGUCGCCUACUGGCUCCAAUUCGGCACGUCAAAGUACAAAGACCCGACCUCGUCCUUCAUCUGGCGCUUCCCCGUCGCCUUCCAGAUCGUGCCCCUGAUCGUGCUCUUCCUCGUGAUCUGGUUCAUGCCCGAGUCCCCGCGCUGGCUCGUCAAGGUCGGCCGCGAGGAGGAGGCGCGCUUCAUCCUCGGCCGGCUGCGCGGCACCGAGGGCGAGGACGGCGAGCUCGCCGAGGCGGAACUCCAGGACAUCAUCAACAUCCGCGACCUCGAGCACGACACCGCAAAGCAGCAGAGCUACCUGGCCAUGCUCUUCGGCUGGGGCUCGGGCAAGCUGCACACGGGCCGUCGCGUGCAGCUCGUCGUCUGGUUGCAGAUCCUGCAGGAGUGGGUUGGUAUCGCGGGAAUCACAAUCUACGGGCCUACCAUCUUCACCAUCGCCGGUAUUAGCUCCGAGCAGCGGUUGUGGGUUAGUGGUGUGAAUAACAUCACGUAUAUGUUCGCGACGCUCAUCUGCGUGUUCACGCUUGACCGCAUCGGUCGCCGCUGGACCCUGUACUGGGGCGCGGCCGCGCAGGGAAUAUGCAUGUUCUGCGCCGGAGGACUGGCCCGGGCGACUCUCAACGCUGAUCCCGGAAGCCGGGCGGGGCUCGGCGGCGCCGCGACCUUCUUCGUCUUUCUUUAUACGGCGGUGUUUGGCGCAACGUGGUUGACGGUUCCCUGGCUAUACCCAGCCGAAAUCUUCCCCUUACAAAUCCGAGCCAAGGGCAACGCCUGGGGCGUCGUAGGAUGGUCCAUCGGAAACGGCUGGACUGUCCUCCUCCUCCCAACAAUCUUCGAAAAGCUCAACGAGAAGACGCUGUACCUCUUCGGCGCAGUCAACGCCGUCUGCAUCGUCGUCGUCUGGGCGCUCUACCCGGAGUCGAACCAGCGGACCCUGGAGGAGAUGGACCUCGUCUUCGCCAGCGACAGCAUCUGGAACUGGGAGGCGGAGAGGGAGUUCGCCAAGCUCAAGGCCGAGAACCCGGAGCUGGUCAGCGCCGCGCACAAGGGCGAUGUCGUGGUGCACUCCGAGGCUGGGGUGGUGCAGCCCUCGAAACUUGGUGAUGCUAAAGUUGUCUGA